UCCAUCUCCUUCUUCUUCUUCUUCUCCUCCGUCACAUAAAUUAAAACGCUUUAUUGUGCCCCAUGUCGCUCUGAAAAGGAACUGACUUUAUUUCUAAGGGAAUUGGAAUUUCUCUCUCCAUUAAAAUAAAACGAGAGUGGGCAUAAGGAGAAAGCCAAAGCAGGCCGGUGCGAUGCAAAUGAUCUCCAAGGCAUCAUCUUGCGCCAUGGCUUCGCUCUCUUGCACCAGGGCAAGGAGUGGGCUAUGCGUAUGGCCAGGUGCAAGACAGCUUUGCCUUCGAAAGAGCCUCUUGUGUGGAUUCAUGUGGUUGCUAUCUACCCCAUUUAAAACAUUGCGCUGUGCUGGCCGAACACUUAGAGUUUCCCAAUUUUGCAGUAUAACAAAUAUGUCAUCCUCAUUGCAAAUUGAAUUGGUGCCGUGUCUGAGGGACAACUAUGCAUAUCUAUUACAUGAUGCUGACACUGGCACAGUAGCUGUGGUUGAUCCUUCCGAGUCUGUGCCUAUUGUAGAUGCUCUAAGUAGGAAGAACCGAAAUUUGACCUAUAUACUUAAUACCCAUCACCAUUAUGACCAUACUGGUGGAAAUGAAGAGCUGAAAGCAAGGUACGGUGCAAAGGUAAUUGGCUCAGGGCUUGACAGUGAGAGGAUUCCUGGCAUUGACAUAGGUCUAAAGGAUGGGGACAAGUGGAUGUUUGGAGGUCAUGAAGUUCUUGUCAUGGAAACGCCUGGCCACACCCGAGGACAUGUUGCAGGUCACAUUAGUUUCUACUUCCCUGGAUCCGGUGCAAUUUUCACAGGAGACACUUUAUUCAGUUUGUCAUGUGGCAAACUCUUCGAAGGGAAACCUGAAGAGAUGCAUGCUUCCCUUCAAAAAAUUUCAUCUUUACCAGAUGAUACAAAGAUCUUUUGCGGGCAUGAAUAUACAUUGAGUAAUUCUAAGUUUGCUCUGUCGAUUGAACCCAACAAUGAGUCGCUGGAAUCAUAUGCAGCACAAGUGGCUCAUCUUCGGAGCAAGAGCUUGCCAACAAUCCCGACCACAUUAAAAGUUGAGAAGGCUUGCAACCCUUUCCUGCGCUCUGCAAGUUCAGAAAUUCGCCGGUCAUUAAAGAUCCCAGAGACGGCAAGUGAUGCAGAAGCAUUGGGAGUCAUCCGUCGAGCCAAGGAUGAUUUUUGAGGCUGAACAGAAGGGUUUUUAAAUAAUCAACAAAAAUGAAUAUACUUGCAUGGGAAGUGUGUAUAGAUUAAUGCUCGCAAUUCCUUACCACCACCAGAUUAUGUUUUCUUACCUUGUGUACAUUUGUAGCUGUGGCUACCAAUCAUACAUUUUCUUUCCCCACCUGAAUCCUCUCCAAAGUAUAUCCCUCGUUCAUAAAUUGAUAUUCCGGCCUUCUUUCCUCCAACAGAAAUCUAUUCUCGUGAAGAGUUUCUUA